AUGGUGACAGAAUAUGCCUGCCUGCCUCUGCAGCUCGCACAGCAACUCGCCCAGCAGCAGCAGCACGCGGUGCACCAGGUGAACCAGGUCCAGCUGUCCAGCGCCACCUCCGCCUCCCCCUCGCCGUCCCCCGCCACCGUGGAGGACGACGACGACGACGAGGAGGACAACGACGCCGUGCCCAACCCCAACCGGCGGCAGUCGCUGCCGUCGCUCACGCCCUUCAAGGUGACGCCGAGCAACUUCCUGGUGACGCCGUCCACCCUGGAGCUGGACGACGACAUCCCCCAGAGCGGCUUCACGCCCUCCGUGCCCCGGCGGCCGCAGCAGCAGCCUCAGGUGUUCAGACCGUCGCCGCCUCUGGACUUGGACAACAACGCCUUCUCCCCGGCCCCGCGACCCCAGCCCCCACAGCCCCAGCAGCAGAUCCAGGUGAACGAGUUGCCACGAUCUAACUGGCGUAAACUUUUGACUUACAGGCAGACCAUGUUUCAGAACUUUCCAAAGGCGAGGCCCACCCCGGCCCCGAGGCCGGUCCGCCCCCAGCACGUGCCCCAGGCGCAGCCGAGGCCCGUCGUCAAGGCCAGGCCCCAGGGCACCACCGGCGGCAGCAAGUUCCAGCGGGACAAGAAGCCAGUCGCGCAGGUGCUCCGCCGGUACCGCGAGGACAACCCCGACGGCAGCAUCACGUGGGGCUACGAGAACGACGACGGUAGCUUCAAGGAGGAGACGAUCGGCGUGGACUGCAUGGUGCGCGGCAAGUACGGCUACAUCGACCCGGACGGCAACCGCCGCGAGUACACCUACCAGAGCGGCAUUCCCUGCACGCCCGCGCCCGCCGGCCAGGCGCAGGCCGACGACCAGGAGGGCGGCUACAUCGACUACCAGAACAACCAGUACGUGCUGCCCAACGGACAGGCCAUCGACCUGGACGACAUGGUCAAGAACCGGAAGCGGAAACCCGUCGGCAAGAACAGGAACUUCAACUGAGCGGCCCCUGCCUCCUGUCACGCCGCCAACGUGCCAACUUUUAAUUUAAAAACAGAAAUGCGAACGUAUUUGGCGCGGCCUCGCAUUUUCGUUGGGAAGGAGAAAUAAACAUUCUGCCCAGGCAAGGACAUGGGGUCGGUACCCAGCGGGAGCAGAUUACUUGGAGCCAGUGAAAAAAAUUACUGUACGUAGCAGAAAAUCCUGUGAAAUGUUAUGAUUGUACUUUUGCUGCCGACUGUGGUGGUACAGUACGUGGUAAAAUGGCACAGCUUUUGCUAUCGGGAUUCAAGACUAUGUGCUCUCUGAUAAUUUUCCCAUGAUAAGGGAACUUGAGUUUAAUAGACUGCUUUAGUUUGUUGAAUAUGUAGAAGUGAGCAUAAUCACAAGUAACAUAUUGCGAUGCAGAGCAUAGCACUUAUUAUUAGAAGCACUGAAUGAAGUAGUAAGAACUGAAAACAUUUUACACGAUUUUGAUUGAGGACUGAACUGAUUUUGACCGACUUUGCUGUUUAGUUGUUUAGGUUCCUUUAAAAAUUAUGUUAAUGUUUAUUCAAUUUUAGAAGAUCAGAAGUCCUAGUCUUAGUCACAUGUCCAUCAUCACUCUUUUCCUUGAAGACCUUCCAGAAUCUCUUGUAGCUCAUUUCAGGUGACUUUGCAUAUUUUCCACAUACACCUAAAUAGUAGUUUAUGUUGUGAUAUAAAUUUAACUGAUGCCAACUAUUCUUCAACUCUUGAGCAAUUAUAAUUUAGCAACAUAGACACACGAGGUCCUGACUAAGAAAACUGUUAGUAAUUAAGAUGAAACUUUGAUCAAGACAUGUGCAGAAGCUGCUAUUGUUUGCAUCAAGCUUCAGGUAUCUGCGAAGAGUGAUGUCAAAUAAUUCAGACCUUCUCAGCUAUUUAACAUUUCAACAGUGGAUGAUUGUUACAAGCCAUAAUUAUUUGGAAGGAAUAAAUUUCCUUCUAGCAAGUAUUGAAUCUUCAAAGUACAAACAAAAAAGAAAUGAAAA